UUUUUUUUUAAAAAAAAUUCAGUUAUACUAAAGUUAACUAUCAAUUGAAUGUAACUCGAGUAAUUAUUUUGCAUUGGUCAUUGCCUUUAAAUCUUAACAGGUCAUCAUCAAAUAAAUAAACAAUAGCUGGAGGAAAGGACAAAAGCAGCUUUAAUCCAGUGAGAGAUGAUUCUGGUGUGCAAUUUUGCUCCCAGCAGGAAGGGUGUCCCUAUAUCUUCCUACUUGCAUGGCAAUUCACCAAUUCAAGGGUCAGACAAGAGAAUAGUAGCUUAUGGACUUCCUUUUUGCAACUCAGGCAUAGCCGAAAAUGCAAACCUCAGGAUAUCAAUUCUCACCAAAUUUGAUUUCUGCUGUCUGGUUGCUCAUAAGUUUCCCAUGAUUGCUACUGAUGUUCCUUCAAAAGCAUCAAUAUGGUACGUUGCAAGAAAGAAAUGACUUGAGUUAUUAGUUAAGAGAAUCACAAAGCAGAAAGAAGGCAAUAAAGAUUACUUGGUUGUUUUUGGGUUUGUGCUUUUCAAGUAAACUCUUAUCUGCUCAGGGAAUGUAGUGCCUAAUGAUUUCACCUUGGUAAUGCAGGAGUUUUCACAACUUGUUUUACAGAUAAAUGGGUGGAUGGUAA